GGAUAAGAUAGUCUGACCCGCUCAGUCUCGUUGAUCGCGGCGCCAACGAAGCCAGUGUGCCGCCGGAACGUGACAAUGGCAGUAGUCGUAAUUGUUGUAUCGGCCAUUACAACGAUCAGCUGAUCGGCCAAAGACGACUACUGCCCACCCCUUUUCACCAUAAUCUCAUAAAUCGGUUGGAUAGUAAUUUUCACUCAUGCAUCCAACGUGAAAUUCGGGAUUUUUAGUUAGAGAUUUUUAGUUCUCUCGUUCACAGUGAAUAUUUGUGUGUUAUCGGUUUGUUUACGUUUUCAAUUUUUAAUUUCAUUGAUAUUAUUCCGGUGUUUACACCAGUUCUAGUGAAUAAUUCGGAGUGCACAUGUGCGCGUUCAAUUUCGGAGGGCGCGAAAUAUCGUUCCUCAGUGUAAAUUAAGGACAAAUGUGUCGUAAUCAUGCCAGCUAGGAAGUACAGAAGGGAUACUAGUGAAGUGAGCUGCUGCCUGAAGUACGUGAUCUUUGGAUUUAACGUUUUAUUCUGGUGGCUGGGUCUGGGAAUAAUGGCGGUGGGUGUCUGGGCCUGGAAGGAGAAGGACACAUUCAACAAUCUAUCACGUCUAACAAAUAUCGCCCUGGAUCCAGCAUUCAUCCUCAUUCUAGUCGGUACGGUCACAUCCGUCAUUGGUUUCACUGGAUGCGUUGGGGCACUCAGGGAAAACACGUGUCUAUUAGCCGCUUACGCUGUAUUUUUGGGUGGAUUGCUGAUGCUGGAGCUGACACUGGGUGUGCUGGGAUUCAUUUUUAAAGACUGGAUCAAAUCUCAAGCGACUGGUGGGUUUCAAGCAUUUAUAAUUCAUUAUCGAGAUGAUCCAGACCAGCAGAAUCUCAUCGACUGGAUCCAGGAGGAUUGGUUGCAGUGCUGUGGGAUAGAGGGUCCAAAAGACUGGGAUAGAAAUAACUAUUUCAACUGUUCAUCGAUUGAAAUUGGGUCUAGUGAAGCCUGUGGCGUGCCUUUCAGCUGUUGCAAACGGGAGCCCAACGUGAGAAGUGAAAUAACUAAAAACAAGCAGUGCGGAUACAACGUGCGCAAACCCGGCAAUCCAGCAGAGAGGAGUAUAUUUGAAAGGGGUUGCCUGAGGGCGGGUGAGGAGUGGCUAGAAUUGAACCUCGUGCCAGUUGCUGGUACCAUAGUCAGCACAAUGGUUCUACAGAAUUCAGACGUGACGAUACAUGAGAAGGGUUGUAUUCAGGCGGGGGAGGAGUGGGUGGAGAGAAAUUUACUUGUGAUUGCAACCAGCGCUGUCGUCACGGCUUUUGCACAGAUCCUUGGAAUUUGCUUCGCCCAGAAUUUGCGGGCCGAUAUAUUUGCGCAAAAGGCAAAGUGGCACUGACAAUCACGUGCCCCCACGGCGGUUUAGCAUCUUGUACUGAUGGAUGCUGAUCGAUCACGUUGAUCAAGGCAAGUUCUUGAAGGGUUUGCAUUUUGGAAAUUGCCUAGGUUGUUGGAGUUGUGCUAAUACAGCUGUUGAAAAAAUUUCAUCUUGAAUUGGAGCUCUCAAUGGGACUGGGUCAAGCCAGAAAAUGAAGAUUGGCUGUUGGUGAUCGACAGGUGGAGUUGGCAAUUUCGAAUCGAUACAACAGUCCGGGGUUAAGGUAUUACUCAGUAAAUUCGGUGGACCCGUGUGGUUGUUGAUGGGGUAACUCUCAAAGCACUUGUUUGAACGGUUUUAACUGGAUUUAAACCACUGGACAAAUCGGGUAAAUUCCGUAAAUAUUGGCUUCCCAAAGGGAGAGAUUAUUCUGGGAUUAUUCAAAAGCGAUUGCUAAUUAUCCUGUUAAUCGAGAACAAUUGUUUUCGUUUGUGAACUAUCAAAAGCUACAAAAGUUCAUUCCAAAUAAAAAAUAACUUUCGCUAACUUUUUUUAAUCAGUGAAGUUGCUAAAUCCACAAAUUGAAACACAAUUCAUAUUCACCAUAUUUCUUGACCAUCGAGUUAUGUCGAUAACUAUCGCAAAUUGAAUUUACGGGAAAAUUUGGAUCCACCGAAUUUCAAUUAAUUCGCUGCCUUUCACCGAUAACAGUCGACCCCCACAGGAACGAAGGAAUUAAUUUCCCAAUAAACCUCUCGAUUUGAGUUGAUGAAUCAGUUUGCAGUCCACUUGUCGAUCACACAAAUACUGUUUCAAAUUGAGAGAGACCCUAGGCAAAUUGAAAAGAGCACUUGAACUUGAUGUUGAUCGACGUGAAUGUCGUGGGGGCGCAGCGAGAAAUCAGGGCCAAUCUCGUUGCAGUAUCGAAAAUCACUGAGAACUCGUGCAUUAUGUGCGAGGCAUCAAGGCCACCCUAAGACAACCCUCAGAACCAAACUUUAUCGUAACGCCCGAUUGGGCGUUAAAUUAGUUGCUCCAACUACUUUCUGAUGAGAACGUGUUAAAAGGGGGUUCCUCGUGGAAUUUAUGGUGAGGGGAGGUGAGAGGGUGGUAAACUUAUAUCGAUUAUCACCCCCCUUCAACUCCCACUCCCCCAAUUGCACGAUUCAUGUUCAAGCCCGAGUAAUAGAUUUUAUCUCAAUUUUCCUUUGAAUUUCCCGGGAUUCGUUUUCACUUUUUUUUUGCCUCCAAGUUUUAAUAAAUCUAAUCAUCGGUCGCUUGCCUGUACCUCCAGGAAUUUACCUCCUCCGAUGAAGAUUGAGCAAGGAAAAAUGAAGUGGAGAAUAAAAAUAAAUGGCAAUGAUGUAUAGACGUUAAAUGUACAGUUCAUCGUGGAAAGUCUUUCGCGAGGGGGAAUUAUAAGGGGAAAAAAUCUUGGAGCAAAUAGCACAAAUUUUAUUACGUUUCGUGUCGUUCAUCCAUUGAUGGAAGGGAAAGAGGAAAACUUUGACUCUGUUAUUCGAUUUAUUUUUUCAUUCCCUUUUUUUCUUUUUUGUUUCCGAAUAAAGUGAUUUCCGGGACGGGUGGGAGAACAUCAGUUGUUUAAUUUAAUAGUUGUGUCUCGCGGUUCGAUUAUUUCAAUAAUUGGAGGAAAUCGAGAGGUGGGGAAUAAUCAGUGGAGAUGUUGAUGGAUCAAUUGUUUUUUUUUCCCAAUGCUUUGGUGGAUUUAUCCCGGGGCACUUGCGAUCUGUUGGCUACCGGGAAAAAAAUACGUUCAACUGCCCAUUGAAAAAAUUGUGGAGAAAACUACUAUAUUUCUAAAUAUGUAUAUCUUAAUUGACUGCGAGCAGUUUGCGACGGUGUAAAAUAGUAGGAAUCACUCAUUAUGCUAUUGCGAGGUGAUUGGUGUGUACAAAAUGAUAUCGAAGCGCUUGUUCAGCGGGUGAGUUGAUGAAUGGGGAUUGAUCGUUAAUUCGAGAUUUAUGUGAGUAGAAUAUUCGAUUUGAGCGGUUCAAUCGAAAAACUUUUUUUUUAUUUUGACGAACGUUGGGGAAAUUAAUUACGUUUGUAUCUUUUAUUCUGUGUGAAUUUUGUAUGGAUUACCUCUGACGCGCUGAAAAACUCAAACGAAGUCAUUAAAUCAUAAGUUGAGAGAUUUGUUCGAUACUCCAUUGUCCACAUAACGGACAAGACGAGAUGCUUGCAUUAACCGUUCUUUUUUUACAUGACAUGUAAUCGUGAUAAUUUCAGUAUACUGACACAAAUGAUUUUUAUUGAAUGAAUUAAUAAAAAUCAUCUCGAAGUACUAAAUCUAAUCGUUGAUUUUCUAAUCAACUAAAGUAAACGAAUUAUUUGUUGUUUUUUAAACCGCUGUUAUGCGUAUCGAUAAACGCUUGUGAAGGCGAUUUUUUUUUUUAAUUACUUGAGGUAUAAUUGACGGGGUUAACAAAAAUGAUAUGCAUAAACCACCGCAAUAACCACGUACCUCUGUUAAUUUCUGUAUUAAUAAUUCACCUUUAAAUAAUGUUUAUCAAUACGGGACAAAUGGGUUUGGCAAGGCUGUGUGGUGCGGGUAGAUCAUUAAAUGAAAUACCCGCGAAUACAUUAUUUUUACUGCCAUUGGCACAAUUUUGCUAAGCCCAAGUGACAUUCCAAUUUAAUUAUAAAAUCCAUUUCACUGGCUGUUCAUAAUGAAAUAUUAAUUUUAAUUGAUUGAUACUGUUAACCUGAUUCAAUAUUCUGUUAUUUGUCGAAUAUUCGGAUCAUGUGACACGGUAAAAUGAGUUGACUUUAAAAUAAAUUAUUAUGCUGGCUAGCGAAGAAGCUAAAUGCAUAAUUAUUCAAAGUCAACUCAUUUUGAAGUAAUUGAGAAUGAUGUAUUAUAAUGGAUUUUUAAUUGCCUGUUUUAUUAUAUCCUUAAUGAUACUACAAUAGCUGAAUUACUGCCGCUGGAUUAUACAUUGAUGGCAAUUCACAUGCAAUUUAUUUUUGAAUUUUUAACGUGCGAGAAUGAUGAAAAAUGGGUGCUUAAGAACAAUAUCAAAUUAAACUCGUAAUUAUUCAAUUUGUUUUAUUCUUUUAUUUCACGCCUUUAUUUUUUUUUGUUUGUUUUAUAGGCAGAUACUGCGAGUUGAAUCAAUAUUUUUAUUUGAUUUAUCAGCGAAUAACAUCGUUACAGAAAUUAUUAGAAAUUCCGAAUGAAUAAUUGUAUAUCAAAAUUAUUUGCAGAGCCACGAGAUUGCAGUGUUUCAUUCGAGCUCCAAAUAAAGGAUAAACGGUUUUUUUUUUCAAAUUAUUUUGUUUCUCGUUAUUUCUCUUUACCGUUUGUACAACGUUUAAUUGGAUUUUACCCUCAAUUGGUGGAAGUUUUUUUCUGUUCUGCUCGUUGCGAGUGUAAUGUGAAGGUAUAUGAAGAUAAACUUAAUUGAAUAUCGCGUAAUAAAUUGUAAGAUUAUCGAAUGUGUUGAGUUCUUUAAUCAUGUAAAUAUUGUAAACAUACUUGUAAAGAAUCUGAAUAAAUAGUAGCAAUUGAAUGAUCGCUUGACCAAUAAAA